GGAGUCUCGCUUUGUCGCCCAGGCUGGAGUGCAGUGGCCCGAUCUCAGCUCACUGCUACCUUUGCCUCCCAGGUUCAAGCGAUUCUCCUGCUUCAGCCUCCCAAGUAGUUGGGAUUGCAGGCAGGAGCCACCACACCUGGCUACUUUUUGUAUUUUUAGUAGAGGCGGGGUUUCACCAUGUUGACCAGACUGGUCUCGAACUCCUGACUUCAGGUGAUCCGCUCACCUCGGACUUCCAAAAUGUUGGGAUUACAGGCGUGAGUCACCGCAUUUGGCCUGAACCAACUUUAAUUGUGAAGAGACCUAAGUUACCUGGGCUCUGGUCCUAGCUCUGACAAUAGCCCUAGAUAUGUAAAAUGGACAAUAAAAAGGUUACUAUCUCAUGGGACUUUUGUGAGUAUUAAAUAAAUACAUGUAAAUGAUUCCUGGUACAGCACGCGUUUUUUGGUGAGGCUUAAUUAAGGAGGGGAAGAGGUUUCCCUCAUAUAGCUUACCCACUGGUCUGAUUGAUUAGGUGGGGAUUUUCAGCGCCUAAUAUCUUCAGUGGUCUGUCUCUGGACAUUUAUACCAAGAUCCAACGUUAACAGCAAAAAUACUUUUAAAAAAUUAGACCUGUUUAUCGCGCUCUCAGUGCAAACUCGGCUCACAAGUUCACGCUAACACAGUCCCAAAAGGCGAGUUUUGGGAAACUCGAGCAGGGCGCCACCGUUCUGCAGGGGACAGGUAACUUGGGUGACCGCAGGGGUGAGGACACAGCUGCUUCUACCAAGCGGAGAGUAAAUGCGGGUGCUGCGGCGCAUCGGAGUCACCCACAAGGCUCUCCAAGAGCCGCGCCUCAGGGCAAAGAUGAAUUCAGCGGCAUUGAGACCGUGGUCGCAGCCGCCGCAACCUCUUCUCAUCGACCCUCCCACCUCACCUUCAGUCGGCUUUUCGAACUCCCUCCGGGUUCUAAGCGCCUCGAUUAGUUAGACCGCAGCUCGCAGCAGAACAGCAACACAACGCCGCGAGGCUUAAAGGCCCGCAGAGGGGGAUGCGAACACCCCUGCCGUCAUUCUUUUUUUCCUUCUUUGAGACAGAGUCUCACUCUGUCGCCCAGGCUGGGUGCAGUGGCGCGAUCAUGGCUCACUGCAGCCUCGACCUACCGAGCUCAAGCGACUCUCCCGCCUCAGCCUCCGGUGUAGCUGGGAGUAGCUAGGACUACUGGAGCGCGCCACCACGCCCGGCUAAUUUCUUUUUUAUUUUUUUGUAGAGACGGGUGGUCUAUGUUGUCCAGGCUGGCCUUGAGCUGGACGCGACAGAUCUUCCCGCCUCAACCUCCGAAAGUGCUGGGAUUAAAGGUAUGAGCAGCCGCGUACAGCCCCCGCAGCCAUUCUAGCUAGCGGUACCAAUAGCAAAAGGCAGCUGCCCUCCGCUUUUGCUCCGCCCCUUCUGCUUGCGAUCUGUUUCCGCUUCCGGUCCCGCAGUUCCGGCUCUGCCCUGAAGAGCUUUGCAUUGUGGGAAGUCUUUCCUUUCUCGUUCCCCGGCCAUCUUAGCGGCUGCUGUUGGUUGGGGGCCGUCCCGCACCUAAGGCAGGAAGAUGGUGGCCGCAAAGAAGACGAAAAAGUCGCUGGAGUCGAUCAACUCUAGGCUCCAACUCGUUAUGAAAAGUGGGAAGUACGUCCUGGGGUACAAGCAGACUCUGAAGAUGAUCAGACAAGGCAAAGCGAAAUUGGUCAUUCUCGCAAACAACUGCCCAGCUUUGAGGAAAUCUGAAAUAGAGUACUAUGCUAUGUUGGCUAAAACUGGUGUCCAUCACUACAGUGGCAAUAAUAUUGAACUGGGCACAGCAUGCGGAAAAUACUACAGAGUGUGCACACUGGCUAUCAUUGAUCCAGGUGACUCUGACAUCAUUAGAAGCAUGCCAGAACAGACUGGUGAAAAGUAAACCUUUUCACCUACAAAAUUGCACCUGCAAACCUUAAACCUGCAAAAUUUUCCUUUAAUAAAAUUUGCUUGUUUUAAAAACA